GAAAAAUAAAAUAGAUAGAGGGAGUAAUAGUUUAGUGCCAUAAACAACAUUAUUCUUGUCAAUAUCUUAAAACUAAAUAAACCAAAUUAAACAUGAUUACCUAUAAAAAAAACGAGACAAUAAACUAACAUAAUUUGUUAUAUUUUAGAAUUAAUAGGGUAUAAUAGUUAGGCAACACAACAAGAAUAGGCCAGCCAACAUAGAUUUAGGCAAAGCCAUAAAGCAACUUGAAACUCAAGAAAGAAUACAGGAAAUCUCAACCCAAAAAUACUAAAGAUGCCCUUCAUAUUAACGACUAUAAAUAGAAGAUGGUUUUUCUUGCAUAAUCAUACAAUCAAACAAUAAUCCUUCUCUGAGAGUGAGGGGUAGCUCAAGUGGCGAUUCUCACCCCGCCCUUGUGGCUCUCUAAACACCAAAAAAAACAGUAUUCCUUCUCUCAACCAUUUGUUCUAUUGCAUAGCAUUGUGCAUAAUUAAGCUUACUUCAAGGAAAAAGAAUGGCAAUCAAAACAAAUAACUCAGCAGCACCUUCUUACGUCGAUUUCGAUCCUUCAUGUGAUUUGCACACAGAGGAAGGUCUUGAAACUUUGAUCAUCAUCCUCCCUGACUUUAAGAAAAAUCAACUAAAGGUACAAGUUAACAAAGAUGGAGUCCUUAGAGUGAGUGGCGAGAGGCCAACAAAUGCAGAUGGAACAAAGACGUGCCGAUUCGUUAAGGACACAAAAAUUCCAGAGAGUUGUGACGUAAACGGGAUUCGAGCUAAGUUCACUGAAGGACGUCUUCAUGUUAUGAUACCAAAGAAAGUUACACCUACGACUCCUCAAGUCGUCCAACAACCACACCCUGCAUCAACAUCUCCGGCUCCUCCUCUUCAAGCAGAGGAGGUUACAGAGGAUCAAAAGUUGAAACAACCCGAGGCCACCACGAAUUCGGACGACCAUAAAACAAAGGAUAACAAUACAAGUGCUGAAAAUAAAACAAUGGCCGAGACACGUACGAGUGAUGAUCAUGUAAAGGGUGAUCAUCAUAUGUUUGAGCAUGGAAGUAUCAUGCAAAGGUUGCACUUACAAGGAAGAAGGGUGGCGUUGGGAGUUGGAGUUGCUGUUGUUACAAUGGUAGCAAUUGGAGCUUUUGUGACUUCUUAAUUUAAAAAUAUGGGUUAAUAUAAUUGAAGUUGUUGUUUAAUUAAGUUGUAUAUGGAAGAGUAAUGGGUAAUCUAAGCUCUUCUUGUUGUGCAUUGUUCUAAAUUAAUAUUGGGUUAAGGGAAUAUGUAUACAUAUGCUUGAUUAAGUGUAAAGAAAUUUCAAAGCAUGAAUAAAGAAAUUUGUGAUUAAAUUGA